AUGAGUAGGUUCAUCACUUUAGCAGCCAUUAUUGCCGCCCUGGCCGUUAUGUUUCCCGCCCAGACACACGCCAAGGUCUUCGGCGAAUGUGAGCUGGCACGCUUGCUGCGUACUAAGUAUGGUUUCGACAAGGCAAAGGUGAACAACUUCGUUUGUCUGGCCAAGGCCGAAAGUUCGCUGAGCACUACCGCCACCAAUCUGAACACCAAUGGUUCCCGAGAUUAUGGUCUGUUCCAGAUCAACAACAAAUACUGGUGCAGUACUCCCGGGUACAAAUCGGCCUCGAACGAUUGCGGCGUCGCUUGCUCCGCUCUGAUGACCGACGAUAUUACCGCGGCGGUAAACUGCGCCAAAAAGAUCUUCGCCCGACAUGGAUACUCGGCCUGGUAUGGAUGGAAGGCCAAAUGCCAGAGUGGAGUCAAGGAUCUUUGGUCGUGUUAAAAAAAAAUUCGUUUUUUUUUCAUCAGUUGUCCAUAAACAAUCCAUUUUACAUCUUAUAAUUCAACUGUAUUUUCCAGGUUAAUUUUUUUUGUGUAUAUCAUGGAUGAAUGCCAAAGCGGAAUAAAUUAAAAUGCGUGUUUUAGCCGAGCUAAUCGCUUUAAAAUUUUAAUAUAAUCGGUAGAUCAUAUUUGUUCAUGUUCCAUGCAUUUUACCGGUAUAAAAGCGCAAAUCAAGGCAAAAUUUUAUUGUUUCCAAUGAAUAAGUUUUUUAAAAUAUCGAAAUUCGGUAGUAUUCGGUAUGGCAAACGCUUUUCUAAAAAUAAUGCACAAUUUAAGAAUGACGAAUCAACUUAGUUUUUCAAUAAACUUCCGUUUUACUAGUCAAACGCCAGAACGCUUAUCGGGU